AUGGAAGUGAUCGAGCGGCGGCGCUCCCGAAAUCCCGAUCCAAUCGGGACAUGUAGGACGACGGCGGCAGGGCUCUCGAAAGUGGGGAACGGCAGGGAGGCGGGAACGGCGGGGAAGCGGCGGACGUCGCGGCGAGGCGGAUCAGGUCAGGAUCCAGCGCGGCGGCCGGCGCUCCAUGGCCGUGGCGUCUCGGUCCGGCGGUGGCUCCGGUCGGCUGAUCCAGGCCAACUCUUGAUGGAUUUCCAAUGUGCUGCUGGCCUCCGAUUUUUUCUGUCGUGUAGCCGCUCCCCAUCUCAGCGUGUGCUAUCCAUGGAAGCCGGCUCCUCCACUCAGGCCCCCCUCUGCAACGCUGACGAGGACGCUACUUCGUCUGAACCGAUCUUCACGACCACGUGCAGGGAUGUAGGAUGAUUGGGUGAACAAGCUUCCUGUGAAACAUCCAGAUCCCGGUGGCGGUGCCUCCGUUCAGCAUCCCACGCGGCGACGUCCUCCGGUAUAAUGGCAAACACCGGCAGGGGAGAGAGCAGAGCGGGAGGGGU